AAGAAAGAAAGAAAGAAAGAAAGAAAGAAAGAAAGGAAAGGAAGGAAGGAAAGCUCAUCACAUCAUAAUCUGGGAUCAUUUAUUCUUUUCCACGUUUGUUUCUGAACAACUGAAGGUUUGAGCAGCAGGUCUGGGAAUGCGCCGCAGCUCGUUUCGGUUUCAUCCAGGGUGGAUUUUCCUUUCGUGUCUGCUGGGAAACAUCUGUCGCAGUCGCGUUUUUUGAUGGAUUUCUAAUCAUCCGACUGAUUACUGGAGGGAUUAAAGGACUGUUUGAGGAAGGAGAGCCGCACAUGCCGUCCAUGAUGUGACUGCGACGCUUUAAUCCAAAGAAAGAAAAAAAUGCGUCCCAGCUGCGUCUUUGCGCAGAACUGAAUAGAUUUAUUUUAAUCAUCCCAGCGGAGCGGUUUGAGUUGAGGGAGAAGAGCACCAUGUCGGCGGUGAUGAUCACCCGAAAGGUGCGGAAAUGGGAGAAGCUGCCGGGGAAGAACACGUUCUGCUGCGACGGGCGGGUGAUGAUGGCCCGCCAGAAGGGGGUCUUCUACCUGACCCUGUUCCUCAUCGUCGGGACCUGCUCCCUGUUCUUCGCCUUCGAAUGCCCUUACCUGGCUGUCCACCUGUCUCCUGCCAUUCCGGUUUUCGCCAUCAUCCUCUUCCUGUUCGUCAUGGCCUUCCUCCUGAGGACGAGCUUCAGCGACCCGGGYGUUCUGCCGCGGGCGCUGCCAGAGGAGGCCAGCUUCAUCGAGAUGGAAAUCGAGGCUGCUAAYGGAAACGUCCCAGCUGGACAACGACCCCCACCUCGAAUCCGCAACGUCCAGAUCAACAACCAGAUCGUCAAGCUGAAGUACUGCUACACCUGCAAGAUCUUCAGACCGCCGCGAGCGUCUCACUGCAGCAUCUGUGACAACUGCGUCGACCGUUUUGAUCACCACUGUCCAUGGGUGGGCAACUGCGUGGGCAAGAGGAACUACAGAUACUUCUACCUGUUCACCCUGACCCUGUCCCUGCUCACCAUUUACAUCUUCACCUUCAACAUCGUCCACGUCGUCAUGCGCUCAGUUGAUCAAGGCUUUUUGAACACAUUGAAGGAAACACCUGGAACGGUGCUGGAGGUGCUGGUGUGCUUCUUCACCCUGUGGUCAGUGGUGGGACUGACCGGCUUCCACACCUACCUGAUCUCCCUCAACCAGACCACCAACGAGGACAUUAAAGGGUCCUGGUCGGGCAAGAACAGAAUCCAGAACCCGUACAGCCACAAGAACAUCAUCAAAAACUGCUGCGAGGUCUUGUGCGGACCGACGUACCCGAGUGUCCUGGACAGACGGGGAAUGAUGCAAGAGGACUCGCCUGUUUUUGCAAACGGGGAAGCUCCCUCCUCCUUUAACAACCCGAUUCCACAAACCACGAAAACCACCGCUCCACUCAUCCCUAACGAGCACACGCCUGAAGAAGUCAAACCGAGCAUCGCUUUCGCCUCAGAGAAGAGCCCCUCCUCCAGGGAGAAGAGCCCCUCCCCUAAAGAGGAGCACCCACCGUCGCCGAAGCUUCCACCUUUGGCUUCGCCCGAGACCGACGCGGAGACGUCCAUCGCCAAGACCCAUUAGGUGCAGGAGGUGGGCGGCUCCGGGUCAGAGGCUGCUCUUCCAGCGUCUCGUCACGAGCUGAGACAUUGAUAAUCAAAGUCUGAUUGUGGUGAGUUGAGAUUGGAGCCUCUGCUGGCGCUCCUCCAAACUCCUCCUCCCAGCAGCCACUGCAGAGCUGUUUGACUGACAUUUAACUCCWGGUGGAGGAGGAGUGGUGUUAAAAUGGAAAGUCAGCAGUUUCCAGUCUCCUGAACACUGACUGCACGGAGAAGAAACAGAGGAAAUGAUGCCAGGAGACUUUGCACUGACCGUCAGUACAUUUGACACUAUAUGACAUUUAUUGCAGGAGGCCAGCUUAGAUAAAGCAUUCUGAAGGGUAAGAUUCCUGGAUGUGUGUAAAUACAUUCAUUGUUGUACAUACUUUACAUACCCUAUGCAAACCACAUGAAGGCUGGACAAGCAGCUUUGUAAAAAGUGGGUAUAAACAAGUAUAACCUCUGUAAGUACACGCGAUGUCCAGGCAGGAGGAGAGCGUGUAAAUCCUUUGCUGAUCGAACUCCUUCCAUGCAAAAUCUUUUGUCUUCUGAUGUUGCUGCAUUCAGUACUGUUCUAACUUGUGUGCAUCUUUUUUUUAAUCAAAUUCCUCUGUAGUAACUGUUGUCUUUCCAUUUUAUUUUAUUUUUUAUAAAAGCAAGGAUGAUGUUGGCGCUCUGUUUAAAAUAGAUCUUCAGGUGACGUUGAUCCUCUGACUGAGAAUGAAGGAAAAAGGCCUGAUGAGUGUAGGACACUCAUGGUAACAGUGCCUUACUGAAAAGUUGCGCUAACUUUAGCGGCUCAAGACCAAACAAAAGAAAAGCUCUUCUGACAGUGUUAAACAAAGGAAAACAAAGCUAAUCUAACAUUUGAUAAUUAAAAUACUGAUGUGACUUUCUGUUAAAAAAGUAUAACAAGUUUUUUUUUUACUGACAGUUGAAGGAUUGGUGCCACUCUUUUGCUCUUUACGUUUUACAAGAAGUCGAUUGGGUUAGCCGAGCAUAGCUAGGGCUCUUUUUGUUCAAAGUAAAACCAUUUACCAGCUUGAAUGAAUGUGUUUUUAAAAGUUACAAAUUGGUAAUAAGAUUUAAAGGUGCUAGCAAGUGCUCAACUUUAAAUAAGCAAAACAGGYCCCUGCUUUGUUUUCACUAGUUGUGCUAAGCUAACUAACUAGCUGCUUAGCUUAGCAUAACAUGAAAACAUGGAGAUGUAUCCUGAUGCAUCUCAGUAAUCCAAAGAGGAAAAAAAAUCUCUCCAAAAAAAAAAACAAAACUAAUUAUCUGCUAAAAUAAAUGUUGUGCAUAAUACAAGUUACAGAUUGUUUUUGAGAUUUAAAGGGUGGCAGGCRUUUAAACAAAAGAGGCCUAAUUUUCUCACUCCGUGUUUUCACUUGUACUAAGCUAACGAGUUGCUUUGCUUAGUAUAACAUGAAAACAUGCACGGCCUGACACAGCCAAAAGAAAAUAAUUUACCAGCUUAAAUAAAUGUUAUGCACAUAAUACAAACUUACAACUUUUAAUGAGAAUUAAAUGUGGAUGGCAAGUGUUUGAAUAUUAAGAGGACUGGCUCCGUUUUUACUUGAGCUAAGCUAACUAACUAGCUACUUAGCUUUAGCUUAGCUCAGCAUAACAUGAAAACAUGCAGAGACAGCUAGCCUCUUUCUGUCCAAAAGAAAACUAAUUACCAGCUUAAAUAAAUGCUUUAUGUGUAAUUUCAUUUUGCUGAUGAGAUUUAAAGGUGCUGGCAAGUGUUUAGCCCUAAACAACAAGCCUAGCUUUCUUGCUCCCUGUUUCCACUUGUUGUGCUAAGCUAACUAACUAGCAGCUGCAUCCUAAACCCAAGUCCAGUGGUGUUAAUCUUUUUUAUUUAACUGCCAGUAAGAAACCAAAUAUAUUUAAAUAUCCCCUCAUCCACUUUUAGAAGCCUUUUAAAAUGCUUCAAUUUCAGUAAGUUUCUAUUAAAAAUGAAACAACUCAAACUAAAGAUAAUCACYCCUUUGCUAAAGUGGUCACAGCAGCCUGUAGUGAGUGGAUUUUGCUGUCAUGGGGUAAAACUGGAGGGCUGCUUUCUAAGGAAGUUUCAAAGCAAAACUAUGACUGUACAUUUAUCUAGUAGUUGAUGUGAAACGAUUGAUUGAAAAUGAAUGAGAGAAGUAAGCGUGAUUUGUUAGGAUCAGCGUUCCUGCAGAUCAUAGCAGAGCAAAACUUCCUGAAAACCUCUCUUGUUUUUUUCCAUCCUCCUCUUCUAAAUUAAAAAUUUCCUCUCAUGUCAUUCACGUCUUUGCUUUGGCGGUUGCUCCUGCGUGGCACUCAGCCGACCGUGACAGGCUUGUUAUCACAGAAAAGAAAAGGAUAAUUACUAUUCAGUUUAUUUAAAGUGCUCCAAAAUGGGAAAUAAGAGAAGUCCAGCUAAUUCUUAGUAUUUAGAAGGUGUUAGCGGAUAGCAAGAGUUUGUGCUUGUGGUUGUGUUGUAUGCAAGACAGAGUUUGUGUUUGUGAGUCUUGUUUAGACAUCCAGUAUAGUAUUUGAGAAAUCUGCCUAAUGAGAGCAAACCCAGCUGCUCGUUAAUCUCUUAAAAGCUCACUAUUAAUUAAACUUCAACACUUUCAGACUGAGUUUAGUUUAAAAUGCAGUCCAGAAAAUUUACAAACUGAAGUUGAUAAAUGCAAAUUGUUUUAAGAAAAGAAAUGCUCAUUUAUUAAGUUUUAUUCAAGAAAUUGUUUACAUUUAUAACGCUGAAUUUAGGAAAUUUUGUGCAAUGCCAAACAAAUAACAGAUUAUCCAAAAUGUUGCCAAAGUGUGGCAGUAUUGUUUUUGUGUGUUUCUGUUUGGGAAAACCAUUUAGAAAAAUAGUUUAAUCACUUGUAAAAAUAUUUAAAAAAAUGUUUUAAAGCUGGACUACUUGUUUUGUCAAAGGUAUUUGAAGAACUUUGCGUGAAGAAGCAGGAAUGUAGGUUAUUUGAUGAAAGCGUUUGUGUUUUUAAAGCACAUUUUUACGAGACGGAUGAACAUUUUAAGUUUAUGCUGAAGGUUUGAACUCUUGUAAUUAUGAAUCUUGUGUUAAAACCGUGAUCGGAUCUGAAUGCUCCGAUCAUUCUCUUACGUUGUACACAGCUUCAGUGAAAUACUUAUUUAUAUUCACUUUGUUUGGUAUCAACACUGUGAUUACAUGGAUUUCAUUUCAUUUAAUUUACUUCACUUCUUUUUACAUGAUUGUGUCCAAUAAAUAAACAUUGUUGUCUUAAUA